AGCGAUUGCCAAUUACGCGGUCAUCAGGAAGGCAAAGCCGAAUUAGCUUCGAUGAAACUGGGUGUCGUACAUUGAGACGGCGGAGAUAAUACUUUAAGCCGGUCCUUAUUUCAGCGCUCACAGCCACAUUUUAGAAUAUGUCUACAUUCUGUUUUGUAUAUCUAUUCUAACAUAAUUUCAUAAAUUAGAAUGAAUCAAAAAUAUUAUAUUAUAUUUAAAAACCUACCUUUUGUCAUAGGUGUCAAUUACUAUUUAGAAGAUUUUCAAAAAGGCUAUUCUAACAUGCAAUGCAAUGCAAAAUAUGCAUUAAAAAAGUGAGUGUGUGUCAGCUCCGACGCACGACUGGAGUUUACUGCUCAAGAACGAUUGUCUUUGAACAGUUAGUAAUACAAACAGGAUUAAUAUUAUGCAGCGUGUCUGAUGGGUUUAUAUUUGGGCAAAUGUCUGGAAUGAUAGAUGCUUUGCAGGGUAAAGAUGAUACUAUAAUAAUGACCCCAGAGGAUAUAUCACUAAUGGCGGCGGUAGUAAACCUAUCAUGCAUAGGAGGAUUCAUGAUUGUUGGUAUCAUGACUGAAUAUUUUGGAAGGCGAUUGACAAUAUCUAUACUUACACUUCCAGUGGCAGUCUGUUGGAUCAUGAUAUAUUACGCUUGCAACAAGUUUAUAAUUUUGUUGUCAAGAAUCAUACUUGGAGUUUCUUAUGGUGGCAUUUUGGUACUAUGUCAUGUCUGUGUAGGAGAAUAUUCUCCUUCUAAUUUAAGACAAAUUUGUUUUAAUUUGAUGGCGGGAGUUGGAUCACUUUUGGGAUCGUUUUCUGGACAUAUGCUGAGUAUAUUUUUUAAUUGGCGAACAGUAGCUUUAUUAGGAUUAAUACCAACAAUGCUAUCUUGUAUACUCCCAUUUUUUUGGGUAGAGAGUCCGUCGUGGUUAGCGUCUAAAGGGCGAUUUGAUGAAAGUCGAAAAUCCUUUAAGAAACUGCAUUAUAUGGACAAAGAGAAUGAGAAAGAAUUAGAAAACCUCAUUGCACUCGAAAAAACUAAAGUAGUUGCUUUAAAAAGUAAUUCUGCUAAUACUCCCGCGAAAACCAUAUGGCGGGCUUGUCAACAGUUGUACCUUUGGAAGAUUAUAUUUUUAUGUUUGAUGACAAAUGUGUACAGAGUGGCUGCAGGCCGUAUUCUUUUUAAUACUAUGGCCUUAACUAUAUUUCAAGAUUUUACUGGAGAAUCUAAAUUAUGGCUAGUGACCUUACUCAUCGAUGGUUUUGGUAUACUUGGUGCUUUACUUUCAUGUGUUUUUGUGAGUUUAUUUAGGAUGAGAAGUUUAUUAUUUGUAUUAGGAACAAUAGGUAAUAUUGUUCUUAUUAUUUUAAGUUUUGUGUUAUAUUAUAGACCAGAUGUUGAUGGGGAAACUGCAUGGAUUAAGGCUUGUUUGCUAGCUUUGUAUCUAAUUAUAGUUAAUUCGGGUCCAUAUCCCGUUCUUGAAACCAUACUAGCGGAAGUAUAUCCAUUGGAAGCUAAGGCAUUUUGUAUAUUCAUAGUGGGUUCGGUCACUGGUGCUAUGCAAUUCCUUGCAAUUAAUUUAGCUCAAAAGAUGUUUGCCUGUAUAGGGUAUCAUGGUUCAUUCCUUAUCAAUUCAUUCUUAACUUUCGUCAGCUUAGGCUAUCUAUGGGUGUAUUUACCAGAGACCAAGGGAAAAACAUUGCAAGAAAUUGAAUUGUAUUUCAAAAAAGGUUUUAUUGAUUCUGUUGAACUAGAUAAUAGUGAUAAAGAUUGUGAUUUCAAAAUAAUGUUGAGGGACACAUUAAAAGAAGUAUGAGCUGCGACAUUACGCAAUAGGAUCUUUGCCUUUUCGUACUGUUGAAUAAUACCUACUUAAACAUACAUAUAAACAUCCAUGACUCGGAAACAACAUCCAUAUUCAUCAUAUAAAUGCUUGCACCUACCGGGAUUUGAACCCGGGCCCUCUAGCUUAGUAGGUAGGAUCACUAAUCACUCGGCUAUACAGGUCGUCAUGCCAAUGUAGUGCCGCUCAAUUCUUGAUAAAUGCAAAAUUCUGAUCGGCACUACAACUGCGCUCGUCACCUUGAGACAUAAGAUGUUAAGUCUCAUUUGCCCUAAUACGCCUCUCACGACACCCUUGGGCCUGGGACUUCCCUAUUUUUUUAAGCCCUGGUGAAGCACAGGGCAAAAGCUUUUUUAAGAAUUGAAAAAUGGAAGUAAGCAGUACUUUGCAGAUUGUUUUGCAUAUUGCGCCUCGCUUUCUUCAGUAUGUAAUGUAUUUCUUCCUUGAUUUGACGCUAUUCUUUUAUUACGCAGUGUCUUUUCUUGUCGACCAUGUUUUUAGCAAACUUGACACAUAACAAAUGUAUUGGAAUUUUCUUGGAACUUUCGAACCUAUUCGAUACUGUUUCUGUUCCGCAUCUACUAAAUAAAUUGGAAAGAAUGGGGAUCCGCGGUCACCUAGACAAACUCAAAGAUUAUCUCUCUGAUAGAAUCCAGUACAUAAAACUUUACUCAUUUGUGAAUAGCGAAGUAUCUGCCACUUUUGGUGUUCCCCAAGGUUCUAUCUUAAGCCCCACCCUGUUCCUGGUACAUAUUUAUAGCCUCUGCAAUAUUUCUCUUCACAACUGUUCAAUAUGCAUUCAAAGCUCACCUAUGCAGAUGAUACAGCACUCCUAGUCCGUGGAAGUGACAGGCCUACCACUUUUGCUUUAGCGGAACAAGCUCACAGAAAGGUGAACCUUACAUAACUUACUUACGUGACCUUUUCAAUAAUAUCUCUAGGUCAACCAUCACCAGACAUUUUCCCGUUUAAGGCUUACUCCUGCACCAAUCGAUUUUCACCUUCUUCAUGUGAUUGCCCAUCUUUAUCUAGAUCUAAUAAUAUCAAAUAUUUUGGAGUCUAUAUUUAUAACCAAUUAAACUGGAAAUUUCACCUGGAAAAACUUUCCUUGCAUAUACGAAAAUUAAUAUUAUACAUAUUUAAUAAUAUUAGGUAUUCCGCUGAUAGUGAUCGUCCAUCAUCAGCUAUUGCAUUCCAAUAUGGGGAGGUGCCGCAAAGACCAGUUUUUGAACUACAAUUGCCACAAAGAGCUGUGAUUAAGGUAAUGACCCGUUACCUUUUUAGGUACCUAACUCUACGAGUCAGCUUUACAAAGAAGUUCUGACCGUUCGACAGCUCUUUAUACUUCAUUCCGUGAUAAGAAAACUCACCACCUUCUCAUAUGAUAAAAACUAAAUGAGAAUAAAAUCUCAAAGAGUAUUUCCAGUUCCAACUUUUAUAACAUCUCUAACCAGUCGACUUCAUCAAGUAAUCGCAAGUCAUCUUUAUAAUAAAAUAAAUUAAGAAUGUCAUAUAAUAUAGUGUAUAAUAGUGUAAUUAGUAUUUGUACAUAUAGUUUACAUUAGUUACCUAUUGCAACAUAGGAAUAUUCUACACGUAUUAUUAAUUAUUGUAAAAUGUUGUUAAUUACCUUAAAUGUAUGCGUGCUCCUUCAUUUUUCAUGGUAUUACCAUAAACUUAGCGUAAGACACAAACCCUAUGUAAAAUUAAACUUAUCAGUGGGAGGUUCCUUUGCGCAGAAUGCCGGCUAGAUUAUGGGUACCACAACGGCGCCUAUUUGUGCCGUGAAGCAGUAAUGUGUAAGCAUUGCUGUGUUUCGGUCUGAAGGGCGCCGUAGCUAGUGAAAUUACUGGGCAAAUGAGACUUAACAUCUUAUAUCUCAAGGUGACGAGCGCAGUUGUAGUGCCGCUCAGAAUUUUUGAGGUUUUUCAAGAAUCCUGAGCGGCACUGCAUUGUAAUGGGCAGGGCGCAUCAAUGACCAUCAGCUGAACGUCCUGUUCAUCUCGUCCCUUUAUUUUCAUAAAAAAAAUUGAGAUAAGUAUACUUACAUAAAAACUUAGGUGGGAGAAAUAGACGGAAUAGAUGAAGUCUAUGAAACCAUUUAGAAAUAAUUUUGUGUCCAUUAGACUCCUGUCAAAUUGGACCGCGUUUUAAUGUAGAUGUUUUUAUUGUUAUUGUUCUGUGUUUUGACGGAUAUUAAUUAAAAAUGUCGUGUUCUGUAUUAGAUUGUGUUGUUGCAAGCAUCAAUUCAAUUAUAGAAAUAUAAUCAAAUUUCCAACGCGGAAAUGCUGCCAGUAUUCUUGGUACGCUUCCACGUAAUGAUAGUUUUAAUUUUAUGUAUAGUCAUAGUAUUGUUAAUAUAGUUAUAAGAUUUGUUUUGUUUGAAUAAAUGUGUAUUAGAAUUAUAGAAACAUUUCAAAGGUAAA